AACAAAUUCUCAUAAUUUAAUAUUAUUAGAAUUUGUUAACGCGCAAGUUUACGGUGCGCUAAAUAUUUUAUUGUGGAAUUCAUUGAACCUCACUAUUAUGUCAGAUAAUUGGCCUACAAAUGAUACAAUGAAAUUUCCAAACUACAGAAUUUUAUAUUUUGUACCAAAUAUUAUAGGUAAGAAAUAAAUAUAUUGUUGUUAAAGUAGCUACCAUAUUAAUGCACGUAUCAGUGUAAAUCCCAGGGGAGGGGGUUGCGGGCACAGUGGGCAAGGGGAGCGGGGGGUUUGACAAAAAAUUCAAAUUUUUAAUCAAAUGUCUCAAAAAAAUCCAAACUGGGGUCAGGAUUGUUGGUAGUGUUACUAGUGUAAUAUGUGGAUUUAAUCUACAAAACCCGGAACAACUUUGACCAUUUAUAGUCAAAUACCCCCACCCCCAGGAUCACAUUGAUGUUCAAAUUCCUUACAGCUGGGGUAAGCGUUCAAGGAAAUGCCCAACAUCUGCCUGCACCCACCUCCCCAGAAUUUACCUUGGGGGGGGGACCAUAGCAGUUGCUGCCAAAAAUUCCAGAUUAACCCAUGUUGCAUAUAUAUAUAAUAUACAACUAUGUACUAACCCUCCCCCAAUUUGAACCCCCUCCCCCCCAAUGUCUGUCAAUGACUGUAAAAGUAUAUUUGCAAUUACAACUGUAAUGUUCUGAUUUUUUUAUCACCAGGAUAUGUUCGUAUCAUUCUAUUGGUUGCAUCUUGGAUACAUAUAGACAGUGAUCCAAAGUUAUUUGUUGUGCUUUAUGUUGCUUCUGUUGUUUUGGAUGGUGUGUAGAAUUGGUUAAACACUUAUGACAAAAUUAUGGCAAUUGAAACAUACUAUUAAUGCACUAUUUAGGAAUUACCACUUUGCAAAUAAGUCCCCCUCUCUAAUAAGUGGGGGGAGAAGAAAUUCAUCAAGCCACAUCCCUGUCUUGUUUAAGCCCCCCCCCCCCUUCCCAUCACAAUACAAAAUACACAGAUAGCUGUAUUUUUUAGUUAGGAAGCCCUCAAUAAAAUCUGUCACUGGGCCUCAUUGGUACUAAAUGGAAGGUUUAAGCUACAUACUCCAAAACGGUAUGUCGGUAUGGUCAUGUUUAUAUUCUUGUCAUGUUAUGUACCUAUAGCUUUGGAUGGAAUUGCAGCAAGAAAACUGAAUCAAACUUCUGCUUUUGGAGCUUGGGUAGGCUUUCUGGCUUCACUAAAUAUUACUUGAAAUUGUUUUAGUAGGGCGCAUUGGGGCACAAUACAAUUUAAUAAUAAUAUUUAAGACGUUUGUGAUGUUACUCUGAGUGAAUAUCCACACCGGGCAAGCUUGAAAAAUAUGCCUGGUGGGAAUCGAACCUACGACCUUUGGAAUACUAGCCCAAUGCUCUACCAACUGAGCUAUGCAGUCAGGUCGGUUCGAGUAUGUGAUAUUUCGGAACUGAGUCUAGUUCCUUCAAUAUCAAUGCAAUCUAGUAAUCAUGAUUUUUUUCUGUGAUGGUGUUAUGAUGUACUCAGGUGAUUAUGUUUGUGUCAUACUCACCUGAUGUGAUGUUUGUGUUAUGAUGUUUGUGUCAAACAUCAUAAUAACCUGAGAACAUAACGCCAUCACGGAAAAAAUAUUUAAGACUUACAUUGCGCAUUUUAACAUUUAAAUAUGACCAAAUGCGCAUUACAUUCCAAUUCAGUAAAUACAAUGUACUAGAUAAAAUGAAAUUACUUAGCUAAGAUAACCGAAAAUACAACCAUGUGAAAUAAUUUGAAAACUCAAUGAAUUAGUUUUAUAUAAUCUGGUAAAUUGUUGCUACUAUAAUCUGGUAGAUUGUUCAACGUCUUUGGCGCGCGGCUGUAAAAGAUCUGUCCCCAAGACUAGAGUGCGCUUGAACUUGGCUGAUGGGUCUCGCAAAACGUUUCAGUGUUAGACCUCAUGCUAUAGCGUGAACUCUGUCUAAUGUUUAUGAGAUCAUGUAAAUACUCUGGGGCUAAAUUGUGAAUAACCUUGAUGGCUUGAAGGUGAUAACAGCGAUUUUAUAAGAGAUUCUGUACCUUAGAGGCAGCCAAUGCAAAGCAUAUAAUACUGGCGUUACAUAUGGCCAAAUCUUAACGGGUUAAACCAUUAAAAAUACACUCUCUCUUGGUUUUAGUUUGAUGUAGUCAUUGAUAACGUUGGACGAGGAAUGUUAUGGAGCUUUAUAUACAAGGUCUCUCUAAAAGUUAUAUACUAAAACUGUCUGUACCAGUGUGGGUAGUACCAAUGUGAAAAUGCUGUGCUGAGUGGUUAUAUUACUACCUCAAAAAAUAAUUGUUUUGAUCCUACAGCAAAACAUAAUGCGAGUGUAAUUAUACUUUGUUUUUUCUACAAUAUUUCUGCAAGAAUAUUUGCUAGCUGUGCCUUACUUCUGCAAUCAUUUUUUCAGUGGGGGUACUUUGUGAGUGCCUUGGAGUGGUUAGUAUUGGUCUGUACUCACACAUAUGGUCCGACAUGGAAGACAGCCGGAACUGACACCCCACCAUUCUGGGUUAAAGCUGUUAUGGCAAAUAGUAUGUACAUGUAUUAUACUUUUUGUGUGUGUUGGUGUUAUGUACUCAGAGGUGAAUAUGAUGUUUGUGAUGUUACUCUCUGAGUGUGCAUCCACACCGGGCAUGCAAGCUGAAAAGUUUGCCUGGCCACGGUGGGAAUCGAACCCGCGACCUAUGGGGAUACUAGACCAAUGCUCUGCCAACUGAGCUACGAGGUCAAGUCGGUUCGAGUUGGUGACAGGGUCUUAGCUAGAGGGCCGUGUUGGCCGUGUUAUCGCGGCCAAAAUGAGAGAACACGACUAGAUAAAACGAACGCGGCUUCAUUAUUUAUAUAAGGCAGUAUAUGUUCAUAAAAUAAGGUGGUGCUACAGUACUUACAACAGACAGAAUUUCUUUCUAUUUACGUCGCAAGAAAGUUUGUAAAAUCUACUGUAAGUUGUUGUUGAAAUUGACAAAAGUGAUCCGUGAUGUUUUAAUGUUUUGAUGGAUAAUGGGAACCGUAUGGUGUUAAAUACCCCCAAGAGUUGCUGAAAUAACUUAAUAUUUUAAUAUCAGUGCGCAAUAUGAGCGUAUGCUCGCCUUGUAUUUGGUUGCAAAGCAUAGAACAACCACAGGCAUUAUCUGUUGUUGUAGAACCGUGAAUUUGGCCAUUCAAGGUAAAUUUAGGUAAUUGACAUGUGUAUACCCUUGGUCAUUUAGAAACACGCCGAAGAUCUAAAAUCCUAGCUAAGACCCUGGUUGGUGAUAUUUCGGAACUAUAGUUCCUUCGAUAUCAAUAGUAUGUAUUGUUAACCUGCAGACAAGGGCGCUCUAAGCAACGUGAAGCGGCGAGGCAGCCAUUCAAAAAGGGCACUUGCCUCUCGCGAGCCUUACUUUUUGUGGGUAGCAAUGUUCGGUACAAUUUUGCUGUAUGGAUACUUGAUUACUUGUAGCCAUUAAGUCUGGUUUCCAUAUGUCGUGAUGGUCGUAAAAAUUGAGUCACGAUCUUUCUCAACGGUCAGUUUAUAAUAGUUUCUACCUGUAAACCACAUAAAUCAUAAGUAUUCUCUGGUACGUUCUAAUCACUCCGCGUAUUUUCAGUUCUAAAAUGUUGUAUUUCGGCUGAUGAGAAAGAUCGUGACUCAAUCUUUACGACCGUUACAAGCAUAUCAUGGAAGCCGAGGGGCCGGUUGUAUAAAAAAGUGAUUAAAGUUAACUAUAGUUAGUGGAAACGUCAUCCAAUAAGAAGCGCGUAUUUGAGAGUUAAUCACUAUUUAACUACAAAAUAGUGAUUAAAAAUGUGAUUAAGAGUUUUAUACAACGGGCCCCAGGCUUUAUAGUUGGACAAAUUUCGGCAUUGAUUGGAACAAUUUUAUUCACUGCACGACGCUAAAGACUAAAGUGCGUUGUAUAUAAAACAACAUGACAGCUUGUCAAUUAUUUAAGGAGGCUUUUAAAAAAAUAUUUUUCAGGAAUUUCAGAUUCAAAUUUGAGCUAAAUUGCUCGAUUUCAAUUCAUGUGAAUAACGUACGACUUUGAAGACAGCGUAGAAACCCCCGGUACUAAAAGAAAUUAGGGCGGAAAGGAAAUCACUUUCUUUCUUUCGAAAGAGUUUCGUUACUUGCAUAAACGGAAUACUAAUGUAAAUAGGCAUAACCAUGACUUAUGAGUUUUCAAUCAAAUUUUUCAUUCGUUGUUUUUCUUUUUUUUUCAGAUUUCAGAACCGUAAUUGGUUCAUAUGCUAUUGCUGGAUUGCAUGUUCUGCCAAUGUGGCUUUAUGGUUUACAGAAAUUGGAAAUAAUCUAUACAUGGCUUGGAAGCCAGGCAGUUGCUGGUAUUACAGCUAUCUUAGUUUCUGGGCGGCUCAUUUGUGCGCUCGUCGAGGUAAAAAUACUAGAAUUUUCAUAUUGCACACAGACAAACUCGAGAAAAAUAUAACAUUCGUAACAGUUCGUCUGUUUCAUCCUUUGAGCUCCACUUCCAUAUUCACUACUCUUCUCAAUUAACCAUUCCGAAGUUGAUGAGAGGACUGGGGACGAGUGUUAAAAAGUGCCCAAAUUAAGAAAUGAACCAAAUAGCUAAAAAGACCACCUCAAAAUUAGUAAGUAUACAAAAUUUGAAAACGUUUACAUGAAUACCUUUCGAAUAAUAAGCUUUCAAAAAUUGUGAAAUUACUGAUUAAAAGAUUGUUUUUGGGACGCGCGUCCCCAAAACAAAAAUUACAAUACAUUUCAUAGUAAAUAUCACGAUUUUUGAAAGCUUAUUAUUCGAAGGAUAUUCAUGUAAACGUCUUCAAACUUUGU